AUGUUGGCAGCUGCGUAUGGCCGGGAUUCUAUAAUAAAACUACUCCUUGACAAUGGCGCAACAACCUGUAGCCGCUGUUCUGACCCUAUGUUCAUGGCUAUUCAGGUGGGAAGUCUGGCAACUGUUAGGGCUCUUAUUGACAAUGGCGCCGAUUGUAAUUCGCAAGGCGCCACCUGGGUUCGGGCGCGCCGUUACAAUGACACCCAGGACUCGGGGAUAUUCUUCCAAAUGAAAAACCAAAACCUACUUCAGCAUGCGAUAUUGUCCAUGAUUUAUGACGGCGGUAGUGAGCAGGUCGUCAGUCUUCUUCUCGCUAAUGGUGCCAAGGUCAAAGGCCCAUUCCCCUUACCUGUAUUAAUGAAUCAUUCUCGCCGCGUGCCGCCUGAGCCACUUUCAUUAGGGGAAUUAGGGGAAACACCCUUGCAUAUAGCAGAAGUAGGUGGGUAUACUGGAAUUGUGCGGCGGCUUAUUGCUCUUGGAGCCGAUGUAAAUGCCGUUGCUUGGCCGAGCAUGCAUUAUGGCAGAACCCCGUUGGAGGUCGCGGCUUUUAAGGGAAAAAUGGCAGCGGUGCAACUGCUCCUUGACAACGGUGCUGAGAUAACGUCGAUGGGACCUAAGUAUAAUGGGAGCGCUGUGCACGCAGCCGCAGCUGGUGAGCAUGUGAGUCUAUUGCAGCAGCUCAUCUCCCUGUGUAGUGCUAUUGGCGUGAGCUCUAUCCUUGGAGAAGACCAUCCUCUGUAUUCGGCGGCACGUUGCGGGCGGAAGGACUGCGUGAAAGAGAUUGUGAAGCAAGAUUGUUUUGGCGCCAUCUUUUGGGACAAGUAUGGUCACUUUUGUAUGGCCCAGCGCCACAUGAAGUACUUUGACUGGGAGUCGUGGAUGGGUCACACUUGGGAAGCAGAUCCCACCGAAGAGGGGGGUGGGAGAAAGGAGGUGGCGAGAUGGGUGAGAGCCGGUGGGAGCUAG